UGUUCGAUUCUGCGAACCUACCUGUAAUUACUAGCCGACACAAUCGGAAUUGUGAAAGAACCGGAAGUGUUGCCAGAGUAGAGGAAUUUGGCGGUGAUUUUUGGAAGAAACAAAACUCGAAAAAAAAAAUACUGAAGUAAAUUUCGAAACUAGUUAGCGUACAAAAUAAAGUUUGAAUUUCGGAAAAAGAGUGUUUCAGUGUGAGGGUUACAAUUGGGGGGACCACCCACUAUUCAAUGGAAGGCCACCACCUCUCUCGCUGUGUAAUUGGGCAAUAGUGUAGUGUACUAGUUGUAGUUCAUUGGAUUAACGCGGCGAGUUUGGGGUGAAAGAAAGAAAGGUGAAGAAGGAGAAGCGAGCAUCUGGAGCAGUGAAAGGAAAGGAGGACACGUCUGCUGGAUCUGAUUACGGUUGACCCGGGGGGGUCCUACAGAAGCAGCGAAAAAUUGCCACCAGUGUUUGCGUGGCCCUCGAAAUCUUCGAUGGUGCUGCUGAUGCUGCCGGGAAGAUGUGCCCUUGGCAACACUGUUGUGUGCCCCGAAGAGGAAGUGCUGCCAGCGACGGUCGAAUCUCGUUGUACAGGGUGAAGAAAAAGUUAUCGCGAGUGAGUGUGCAGUGUGAGCAGUGAAAAGGGUCGAGUGCAGUGAGUGAAAGGGCAAUGUUGCCAGCAGCACCUGUCAGUUGAGCAGCCUAGCGCCGCGCGCCAAAUGUUGUCGGUUGUGCUCGGUGCGACCACGAUAACAAUGAACAGAGGCGAGCAGGAGAAUCUCUUUCGGCAGUCACGAAACCUCCGGCUGCAGCAGGAAGAGAAACAGCAGCUGCACACACACCAACAUCAACAACAACAACAACAGAACCAAUACCAACAACUGAGGCUGGACAAACCGCGGCACUUUUCGCAUGGUAACAUCCACCAGGUCAGCAAUCUUCAUAUGCAAUCGCUAAACUCGCGAUCGUACGGGGAUGAUCGUCGCGGGAGCCAGUUUGGGGGCGUUGCCUGCGAUGACCUGGUACUCUCGGUGCUCAAAUCUCCGCUCAAGGAGACCCAGGCGCUGCUCGGCAGCAGUAGCCUGCUCGUGGGAGGUCAACUCUCGGCGACAACCAUGUCGGCCAGUCCCAGCGCCGGAAGUAAUGGCCUCGGAACGGGUGGGGCCAACACGACGGCCCCGACGCAAACCCCGAGUCCGUGCGGACCCGGCUACCGCGCCCUCCAAGCUUCCGAGGAUGACCUGGUGGAUGACGUGGAGUCAGCCAUCGAAACGACCGAGCUGAACCACCCGGGACGAAGUGGUGGUGGUGGCCACUCGGCCGAAACGUCUUCCUCGCCCGGUCCGCUCAAUUUUCUGCGGCGCUUCCGUACGGGGAAGACGGGCCGGUUCGAGCCUCACCACCGGCGAGUUCCGACGCCGUUGCGACGCAAGAACCGAAACCGGUCCCGGUCUCGCUCGAACGCGGACAUCCUGGACGGAGUGUCGACCGGCAGGAUGGACGUGGAUUGUGGGGACGAUGACGACGAUGACGAUGACCUGGUGGGUGCGUCGGGGACCGGAAUGGUCACGAACGGACCCAGCGAUCCGUCCGAUCCGUCGUCCGCGGGGCCGCAGAAGGCCGGCGUGCCCAAUCCGUACUAUCCCAUCGCACUGCCGAUCGACCAAGCGUUCAAAGCCAAAUACGUUUUCCACCAUCGCCGGGGCAAGACGGUGCAGGAGCGGUUCUACGUGUUCCUCGAGCAUCCGGUCGGGUGGCUGUGUUUUGUAUAUCAUUUUUCCGUGUUUAUGCUCGUGCUGGUGUGUCUGAUAUUUAGCGUACUGUCGACGAUAGACGAGUACAGUAAGUUCGCGAACGAGACCUUGUUCUGGAUGGAGAUCUGCCUGGUGGUGUUCUUCGGCGUGGAAUACCUGGUGCGGCUCUGGUCGGCCGGCUGCCGGUCCAAGUACAUGGGCUUCUGCGGCCGGUUGCGGUUCAUCCGCAAGCCGAUUUGUAUUAUAGAUUUAAUAGUAGUAGUAGCAUCGAUGGUUGUGCUGUCAGUUGGCUCAAAUGGACAGGUGUUCGCGACGAGUGCGAUCCGCGGUAUCCGGUUUCUGCAGAUCCUCCGGAUGCUGCACGUGGACCGGCAGGGCGGCACCUGGCGGCUCCUCGGGUCGGUCGUGUUCAUCCAUCGGCAGGAGCUGAUAACGACACUGUACAUCGGUUUCCUGGGGCUAAUAUUUAGCUCCUACUUUGUGUAUCUGGCGGAGAAGGACGUGACGGGGCCGGACGGGCGGCAGGACUUUGCCAGCUACGCCGACGCGCUCUGGUGGGGCGUCAUCACGGUCACGACGAUCGGUUACGGCGACACGGUGCCCCAGACGUGGAUGGGCAAGAUCGUGGCGUCCUGCUUCAGCGUGUUUGCAAUCUCGUUCUUCGCACUACCGGCGGGCAUCCUCGGGUCCGGUUUCGCGCUCAAGGUGCAGCAAAAGCAGCGCCAGAAGCACUUCAACCGCCAGAUCCCGGCCGCGGCCAUGCUGAUCCAGUGCCUCUGGCGCUGCUACGCCGCCGACAAGAGCUUCCACUCGGACGCGACCUGGCAGAUCUACGUCAAGUCGGACGACCAGAAUGCCAACAGCUCGAGCGCCGGCACCGCCCUCCCGGCGCAGCUGGGCAAAGUGAGUGCGUUGCUUAGCGGUACCCUAAUGGUACAGGUGGCGCGACGUGGGGCCUCGGUGCUCAAGCGGAGGAAAUCCCGAAACCGGAUGGACGCUCCGGGCGUGAAAUCGGCCACGGCGGCGGCUGCGGCGGCAGCAUCCACUUCCGGCGGCGGACCCCUCGCGACGCCAUCUUCCACCGGAGGAGGAGCGGCCAGCAGCGGGACGGUGGGGACACCCGGCGGGGGUGCCGGAAGUGGCGGUGGACCCGGAACCAGUUGCGGGGUGGCGGCCAGUGAAAGUACCGCGCUCGGAACGCCAAUUACGGCGGCACCGGCGGACGCGCACCAUCACCUGUCCAAGAGCGAGUCGGACGGGGACGUGGUCUUCUACAUGGAGGAACCGAGGGCGGCGGGAACUCCAUCCCGGACGAGGCGGAACGACCCGAACCGGGGUGCAUUCGUCAGCCAGAACAGCUCGGUGACGGAGGCGCCCAGCGACGAGGUCGAGGCGGAACCGGAACCGGACGACGAACCGGAACCGGCCCGGGUCACACAACUCACCGAAGCGCACCGUAACGCGAUCCGGGCGAUCCGGAAGAUCAAGUACUUCGUAGCGCGGCGCAAAUUCCAGCAAGCCCGCAAACCGUACGACGUCCGGGACGUGAUCGAGCAGUACUCCCAGGGCCACCUCAACAUGAUGGUCCGCAUCAAGGAGCUCCAGCGGCGGUUGGACCAGACGCUGGGCAAGCCCGGCAGCUACCUGGCGGGGAUCGACCGGGUCGGCAACAUCAAGCCGAUGACGGUGGGCGCUCGGUUGUACCGCGUCGAGCAGCAACUAUCUGUGAUGGACAAGAAACUGGAUCAAUUAACGCACGCCAUCAACUCGAUGACGAUGCAGCAGAAGAUGAUAUUACCGGCGCCGAUGCCGAUGGUGGCGGCGGCGCAGAUUCCGGUGUCGGCGGCCAUUCCACUCCCGGUCACGUCCCAGCAGCAGCAAUUAUUCCAAGCGCAGCAGCAGCUCGUCAGUUUGGGGUGCAUGUCCCCGCUGCAGUUACCGCCGGCGCCCUCGUUGGCCAGCUCGCCGACGCCCCCGACCACGACCUCGACGCCGGCCAAAUGCCUCGAGGACGACGUGUAAUAUUGGGCGCUGGUCCUGGACCCCCGGGAGUACUAACGAGUUAGGCUAAACACCACGUGGAUGGUGGCGGAAGGUUGGGUGGGAUGACAUUUGGCAUAUGAAGGCGAUUUGGAAAGAAUCUUUUACGAGAAAUUUAAUAGAUCGAUUGAAAAAUAAACUUCCAAAACCAUGAUUUUGAUAUCAAGUU